AUGCACCAUUUAUCAAUUAUAGCCAUUCUGGAACCUUUCUCAGAUAGUGUUAAUAUUCAAAGCUUCAAAGUGCAAUUGAACAUGGACAAUGCUACUAGUAAUUGUAAUAGUAAGAUUUGGGUUUUUUGGAACAAUGAUAUUGACUGUAAUAUUCUUGAUGAAGAUGAACAACAAAUUACUUGUGACAUGAAACACAAUGAGUUAAAAUACCAAUUUACUAGUACGUUUAUCUAUGCAAAAUGCAAAGAGUACCUUAGGAGACCUUUAUGGGAUAAAUUGCUUCAUCAUGCCUCAGUAAGUACCAAUCCUUGGUGUGCUGUGGGGGAUUACAAUGUUAUAUUUGAUGUUGAUGAAAAAUUAGGAGGUCUGCCUUACAAUAUGAGGAAGAGUAUGGAUUUCAUUGCUCUCAUUGAAGCAUGUGGUCUUGUAGACAUAGGUUUCAGUGGACACAGAUUCACUUGGUCUAAUAAGAGGGGUUUUAAUAACAGAAUUUGGAAGAGGCUAGACAGGGCCCUGGUUAAUGAUUUAUGGUUAGAAAAGAUGCCUCAAACCACCAUAACUCAUUUAUCAACUACGGGAUCAGAUCAUUGUCCUUACCUAUUGGAAAUGGUAUCCACUGAAGUCGACCGCAUUAAAUAUUUCAGAUUCCUUAACUGUUGGGUUGAUAAUCCCAAUUUCAUGCUUACUGUUAAAAAUUGCUGGGAUAGACCUAUGGAAGGUAAUGCUAUGUGGAAGUUUCAUCAGAAAAUGAAAAGAUUAUCAAAUACUCUUAGUGUUUGGUCUAGAAAUGAAUUUGGGGAUAUUUUUCAAAAAGUUAGGAUGUAUGAGGAACAAGUGCACGAAGCAGAAGAAAACUACAUCCGGGACCAAACUGAUUCAAAUAGGAUUACUCUCCAUGAACUCAAUGCUCAAUAUAUCAAAUUCCUCAAGAUUGAGGACACUAUAUUGAAACAGAAAACUCAGCUUCAAUUGUUUAAAGAUGGUGACACCAACUUCAAAUAUUUUCACUCCAUCAUAAGGGCAAGGAGGAGGAAAUUAUUUAUUCACAAAAUUAUCACAGAAAAUGGUGAUUGGAUACAAGGUGAGAACAAUAUUGCUCAAAAUGCUUGUGAUCACUUCAAUGCCAUUUUCACAAGUGAGAAUAAGCACAUUAAUGAACAAAACCUGGAAUGCAUUCCAAGAAUGGUCAAUAAGGAUCAAAACACUCAGCUUACAAAGUUACCCGAUAUGGAUGAGCUUAAAGAGGUAGUAUUUUCCAUGAAUCCUAACUCUGCAGCUGGUCCUGAUGGUAUGAAUGGGUACUUCUUUAAAAAAUGCUUGAACAUUAUCAAGAAUGAUUUGGUAGAAGUACUUCAUCCUUUUUUCAGUGGCCAAAUGAUUCCUAAGUACUUCUCUCAUUCUUGUAUUGUGUUGCUCCCUAAAGUGAAUAAUACAAACAAGCUUACUGAGUUUAGGCCAAUUAGUCUGAGUAACUUCACUAGUAAGAUUAUAUCUAAACUAGUAAGUAACAGACUUAGUCCUAUCCUUCUGUCCUUGAUUUCUACCAAUCAGUCUGGCUUUGUGAAAGGGAGAAGUAUUUCUGAAAAUAUUAUGCACGCCCAGGAAAUCAUUCACCAAAUCAAGAAACCCAACAUUGGAAGUAAUGUAAUUAUUAAAUUAGACAUGGAAAAAGCUUAUGACAGGGUUUCUUGGUCAUAUAUUUGCUUGGUUCUAAGAAAAAUGGGGUUUAAUGAGGUGUUUAUUGAUAUGGUUUGGAGAAUCAAGGCCAACAAUUGGUACUCUAUUAUUGUCAAUGGCAAAAGGUAUGGUUUCUUCCGCUCUACUAGAGGCCUCAAAUAA